AACAAGCACGGCCAUAAUUCGCCCGCAUGUUCGUGACGCGUGCGUGGAUCAUCAAGUUAUGACAUGCAAGUUUUCCCAACGCAAAGAGAUAUGUCGGGUUUUAUAACUCAGUCGUGCUUAUUGGAGCGUAUCAACAAAAGAUGUAUUUAUAAAACAACCCGGAGCGAAUAUGCAAGCGUUUAAAAGUGAAACGACACAACGUUCGGGCUGAAUCGCAACUAGAAGGAUGUUUAGAUCAGACUGAUAAUUGUCUAUUCUCGCUGUUUGAAUUCAAGUUCAGCUCAAGUGCACUAUGGAGACUUGCGUGAUAGCCGUCGAAGAAAACCAAAACGAUAUAGUGAAGAAGACACAUUCGUGUUUCAACAGGACAUUUUCCUCUAUGACGGUGGAUGAUGUGUAUGAAAUCGCGAAAGUGGUGGGAGCAGAAGUGGAGAAGCUGAUCGACAGCUAUGGCAAGUCGAGUGUGGAAGGUCUGGUGUCUCACAUAGUGAAAGUGCUGGAGCUCCUGGAGAGUUUUGCAGCGAGAAACCAGUCUCAUAAAUGUAAAGAAGAGGAAUUAUUAAAAGCGUUCGAGACUUUACAGUUACAGCAGCAGAAGAAACGGCAUGUGAAGGAAUGCGAAGAGACCAGCAACAGCGCAGAGAGUCGGGACUGGCAUCUGACGGAGAAGAAACUGAAGAACAACCUAGAAGUGUUACAGUCCCAGGUGCAUCAGCUAAAAGAAGAAAACCAAGAGCUUCUGACUCGCAUACAAUGCACUCACUCAAAAGAAGACCGCACACAGCGGCAGGAGCGAGAGGUGAUGCUCAAGCUGAAGGAAGUAGUGGAUAAGCAGCGUGAUGAGUUAAGAGCGAAGGUUCAGGAGAUUUCCAGCAUGUCCAAGGAGGUGGAAGCGCUCCAGGAGCAGCAGGAGCGACUAAUGAAGAUAAACGCAGAGCUCAGACACAAGCAGAACAUCAUACAUACACAGAUGAAGAGCGCAGUGGAGAGAAAAGCUGACAUGGAGGCCGACCUGUGCGAAAAACAGAAAGAGAUACAGCGUCUGAACUCACAACUGGAAAGAUCCAGUGUACAUACUGUUGCUGAAACGAGCAGUUCAGCCAUUGACCUUACAGAUAAGAUGAUCAUUGACUUGAAGGAUCCAAACCGGCCGUGUUUUACUAAGCAGGAAGUACGAGACAUGCUUUUUGAGAGGAAUGAGCUGAAGGCCAAUCUCUUUCUGGUGAAAGAGGAGCUUGCAUAUUACCAAAGGGAAAUCCUGAAUGAUGAGAGAUGUCCAGGGUUUUUACUCGAUGCUGUGCGCUCAGCUAUAAAAAAGCAGAGAACCGUCAUCAAGUCUAAAAUGCUCGGCAUACCUGUUAGCGAAUGUAGCACAGAUGAGACAGACGGGCCUUUGUUUGAGAGGAGUGGAAAUGAAGACAUUGAUACAGACAGCACUGACAGCAGACCGCAAGAGUCACGUAUCAGAAACCUAUUUGGUUUCCUCACGCGGUCCAGUCUCACCAGGAACUCCGUUUCCCCGUCAUCCAGCCUUCCGGCAUCCAGCUCCACAUGGGAAAUCAUUGAUCCGGAUGAGCAGGGAGUCGAGGAGGAGACAGAAACCCUCAGCUCCUCUUGAGGAGCAUCCAUCUAUUACUCAUCAUCUGCGAAAGAGAAGUUUCAAAUAUGUUCUUUUAGGCUUCAGACAAAGGAAUGGAUUGACGAUUGUAUUGAGAAAAACAAUUGCUAUGUAUUUGGUUAUGAAAAUGGUAUUUUGAUGCGUAUUGCCAUUUUUAUUCAUAGUAUAAAAAAUGUGGGCACUUUUGUUAAUUUAACCAAUAGUUAGAGUCGUGGCUGAUGGUCACACAUAAAGCCUGGUUUAUACUUCUGCGUCAAGUGAUUGGCAUGACUCACAGCGCAUGGCUUGCGCGUAGUUCUGCAAUUAUAUUUUUGCGCGCUGUUUGUGUUGCUCUGCAAUAACUCUUCUGAAAUGCUAGCUUGUGAGGUUUUUAUGUUCUUUUAACAUAAAAAGUUCCUGUGUUGAGUUUCUUCGCUGAUGUUUUGUUUUUUCUGAACGCUACCUUCAUGUACAAGUAGCUCAAACUCACUCAUUUUGAGGCGGGAACCGGAGGAUGUGCAACAGCUUUAAUUAUGAGGUAAACACAAAACAAAACUUUUCAUCUGGAGCUACUUCACAGGACUUGACACUUGUAAACACUCGCUCCAACAGGUUCGCACAGCUCUCGGUCCCGCCCACACUCGUCAGCGCUACCAAGCCGACCAGUCACAGAGCCUGCCACAUUUUUUGAGAGGUUGCGCCGAAGCAUAGGCGUGUGCUUGACGUAUAAAAGUAUAGAAGUAUAAAUCAGCCUUUAACACACAUCAAAAGUUUGGGGUUGGUAAGAUUUUUUUAAUGUCUUUCAUAAAAGUCAUUAAUGUUUAGUGUGGCUGCAUUUAUUUGGGCAUUAAUGCAGUAAAAAAUAGUAAUUAUGUGAAAAUGUAACAAUUUAAUAUAUAACUGUUUUCUAUUUUAAUAUAAUACAAUUUCUUUUUUUUAAAACUGAGGAAAAGCUGAAUCUGAACAUUUCUUCAGUCUUUAGUUAUCCUUCAGAAAACAUUUUAAAAUCGCGAGUUCAUGCUUAAGAAACAGUAAUUAUGUUUAAUAUUUGUGUGGAAAUAUGUUAAACAUUAUCUAUAAGAUUCAAUGAUUUUUGAUGAUUUUAAAAUGUGAUGAUUAUAACGUUUAAAAACAGCAUUUAUAUACAGUAGACCAUUUUGUAACAUUAUAAAUGUCACUAUUGAUUCAUUUUAUGUAUACAUGCAUUUUAAAAAAAAUCUUAUUGACCCCAAACCUUAUGAAAGGUGAAGUGUGCCCUCACUUUGGAUAAUACAUGUAAAUGUGUGCAAAUCCUCAUUCUCCUAUCCCAGUAAUAUGCAAAGACAACUGUAAGAAAGAUAUCUGGUUGGUUUUCCAAAGAGUGGCACUUUCAAAAGCAAUGGUUUUGCAGCACUUUCAAUGACGAUUUACUGACCUAAAUGUGUUUCUAGCUCAAGCUGUGGCAUGAGCAUGGGAUGUGGCUACCUGUAAAAAGCUGUUUAGUGGGAGAUUAUUUUGGUAGGGAUGGUGUGAGGGUUUGAAAACAAUCUUUAUUCUUGUAAUUUCAUUUGGUGAUGCAUAAAUGACUGGUGCACUUAAAAAAAUGCAAGUGCAGUGUUUUUGAUAAUCAUAAUACACCUGGCAUUAUGUUAUAUAUGUGUGCAUGGAAGCAACAGAGAACAGAGCAGCUAUCAGCUAUUUUUAUAGAGAGUAUAUUUAAUAUGAAUUUUAACCAAAGAUACUGACAUUGUAUUGCCAUUAUUAUCUGAGAUAAUCACACUGACCCUUUUAUGUACGUCACUAGAGGGCAUUAGAGUAUUUUGUAUUCAAGUCUAUUUUCCUAUAGAAUGUUGACUGUCCCUAAAAAUCAUUCAUUUUGUAUGUAUUUUAAGAAUUUAAGCAUGGUUUUAAAUAUAAAUAUAUUUUAAUAUUUGCCUCAACAUGUGGUUUUGUUCAUUUUUAGCAAUGUCAUUUCUGAUUACAUUUCUUGGAUUAUGUGAACCUGAUGUUAAAAACCCCCAAAACAAUGCAUUACAAAAUGACAAAAGAUGUAGUACUUAGAUGUUAAAUUAAAUGCUUAUUGUCUGAUCUGUUGAAGGAAUAGUUUACCCAUAAAUGAAAAUUCUGUGACCAUUUACUUACCCUGUUUAGAUCUGGAUGGGUAGAUGCCAAUCAGGACCAAAGGUCUUUAAAGUCGGCAUGAAAUUUUCAUUUGUAUAUAGAAGUGCUUGUUAUAAAUGACACAUCUGUGCACUUCAUUAUUUAGUAAAAAUGAAUUUGCUCUAUGCGGCACAGUGGCUCAGUGGUUUGCACUGUCACCUUACAGCAAGAAGAUUGCUGGUUCAAGUCCCGGCUGGGCCAGUUGGGAUUUCUUUGUGGAAUUUGCAUUUUCCCCCCACAAGUCCAAAGACAUGCCCUUUAGUUGAAUUUGGUAAAAAAAAUUGCCACUACUGUAUAAGUGUGUAUAUGACUGAGAGAGUGUAUGGGUGUUUCCCAGUAUUGGGUUGCGGCUGAAAAGGCAUCUGCUGCAUAAAACAUAUGUCAGAAUAGUUGGUGGUUCAUUCUGCUGUGGCGACCCCUGAUAGAUAAGGGAAUGAAUAAUGAGUGUAUAAUGAAUGAAUAAUUUGCCCUGAUAAUCUUUAAUCAAAUACUUUAUCCUUCCCUCACCCCACGAGAUGAGUUUUGUUCACUUCUGGUCACAUGGAAUUUCUUUAGGGUGGGGCUAUUAGGGCAUGUCUUGUUUCAGCCCUGCUUUCGUUCAUUCGUUAAUUUUCUUUUAUUUCGUUAGCAACACCCAUCUUCCAAUGAUUCAAUACAAUACAAAAGAUCCAAUCGGUUCCUAAAGGAUGAAAUCAUGCAUGACCCUCCAUUUUGUCAAAUCUCAGGACCGUUUCAAUUGGAUGUACAUCACAAAAUAUCAAAAAAUCUUAACUUCUGUUUCAUGCCGACUUCAAACAAAGAGUGUGAAAUUGUAUUGUCAACACACACAUAUUGGCCAUUUCAGUGCUUUAUAACACAGGACAGCCAAUAAAAUAUAUUUUUAAAUAUAUUUAUGUGACACAAUGAUACGUUGGGAUAUAUGUACAUAAACAUGAGAUGUAAUGUUUAUUCAUUAAGAAUAUUGUGAUUGAAAAAUUCAGACAUUGUAUUGCCUUCCAAAAAUAUUGCUGCCUCAGCAUAAUCACACAUAAAAACAUGUAGAAAACUACCACCUUGAGUCAAACUUAGUGUGUUGACAGUCAGAUUUCACAUGUUUUUUUUUUACUUUCUAUUUUUAUGUUCAUUUUUGGUGAACUAUCCCUUUAAUAAGUUGGCAUUUUGCCCAUUUCAGCAAUUUAACUGAUGGGAUAUGGUGUGUAGCAUUGCUGCUUUAUUAAAAAAAGAAGCAUGAAUCUACUCAGUAUGAGUCUUAAGGUGUUCCCUGAUUGAAAGGAAGUCUGUGUUUCCUAGGAAGGAAAUCAGAGAUAAUGGAUACCAGUUAUGGCCUGUAGUUAAAUUCCAUAUUCCUUUGGUGUCUGUGACUCAUGCAUUUAUCCUUGUACUUUUGGAAAUUAAAGUUAUGAGGUAUGAGUAAAUGAGGCCUGUACUGACCUUUUGGUUGUGUAUUUUAUUUUUGUAAAAAUCACUGUUAAAAAAAACUAUAUCAACCUUAAAUAAAAUUCUGAGAUGCUGUGA